GGGGCGCGGGGGAGGGAACAGAACCGGUGGAAUGGAAGGUCGGGACGGCGAACGUUCCGUGCGGCUGCUGGACGGUCCCGCGCUCGUUGCCAGCCAGUGUGUGAGGGGCGGGGAGCUGGCCUCCCCCCUCCCCGCGCCUGUACAGAACGGGCGCGCAAACCUGUGUGAAUACACCCAACCCCCGCACAUCGCCUGCCUCUGACAGCCAGCCCCCCCCCCCCCGCCCCCCCACCACCUCUGCUUGGCCCCGGGAGGGAUGUUUCCCCCACACAGACCCAGCCCUCCUAGGUGGGUUUAUUGCUGCUGCUGCUGCUGCUGCGAUAGAGCUUCCCCCCCUUGUGUUUACAGCCUCUGCGAGGGAGAGACAUACAGGAAGAACCAGGAGCCCUGGGCUGAACAAACAAGGAACGUAGGAGGAGUCCAUAUAAGCAAAGGGACUGGAAGGAUUUCACAUUGUUGCUGCUUGUUUCAGGCGAUUUUGCGUCCUCCUCCUUCUUGAAACGCCCCAGCAGAGGGUUUCUUUGUUGCUUCCACAACCGAGCAGAAGCAAAUCCUUUGCAUGUUUUUGGAGGUGGUUUUUACUGCGGUUCCCUUGCAAGAAACAGACCAGCACCUUCUUGCUAGGAGGGAAAUCUGAUCAACUGAGGUUUUCCCCACCUCCGGCUGAGUGUGAGAGUUCGAGUGACACCCCCACUGGCCUGUAGCUGACUUCAAAUCUAACUGGAAUCACGGCUAGGGCUGCUAAAUUUACCUGGUCAAGAACCCUUCAAACCCUCAUAUUGAUGACAGAUUUGUAGCCAAAGGAAAAUCGGAUUAAUGUAAUUGUGAAGCACUGGGGGGGAUAUCUGGAGACUAUUCUGUCUGCAUGGCUAAUCUCGAAAUUGUCUGAAAUAAAUCCUUAGUGCGAGGAGUAGUGCGGUAUUUCCCCUUCGUUUUAGGUUUAUUUUCUUCUUAUACAAGAAUUUAACACUUCUGUAGCAGGGGUUUCACGCGGAAUGGGACACAUACAGAAAACUAACCUGCUCCAUAAAAAUCACAAGUGGGAAUAGUUUCCGUCAUCUUUGCGGUAUGGGAAAGGUGCUCUCUGAAUUGUCUGCUAGUGGUUCUCUAGAUGGAUCAAUUUCUCUCUGGUUUUGCUAGCGAUGUGAUGAAGGAUCCAGAUUUAUUGGAAUACUAACGCCAAUAAACUUACUCUCUCAGCGUUGAAGGCAUUGGAUGUGACAGUGCAAAGAAACAUGUGUUUCACAUUUCUGCCUGGUUGUUUCGGUGCAAUCAAUACCUCCACAAGAUAUAUUGAUUUAGAUGGCGAUUAUAACACAGUCAUGCACACGGCGUGCUGCCUUCAGGUUGCAUGCAAAGUGAGCACAAAUCACCGAGUCCUCCGUUCUUGUAAACCGGGGGUUUCUGUUCCCCCCAAACUUCAGGAUGAAGGCAAAGGGCGAUCUCCUCAACCCACCAAAGAGAACCCGGCCUCGGGGUGUGGAGUGAUCAAUGGCCAAAGAGCUGACAAAACUGUCAUCAGGCAGUCGGAUCGACUGGGGAUCCGUGAAGAAAUAAUGGUUGGAAGAAAGGUGGAUCGAGACAUUAUUGCACGAAGGAAUAGCUGGAGAGACCGGAUGAUGAUAAAGUUAAACUUCUGUUUCUUCUUCUGCCGCGGAUGGUGGGCGUUUCUGUUGAUUCAGCUCCACAUGUUGCAAGCACUGGCACAAGAUGAUGUUGCACCCUACUUCAAGACUGAGCCUGGUUUGCCCCAGAUCCAUCUAGAGGGGAACCGUCUCGUACUCACGUGCCUUGCGGAAGGCAGCUGGCCCUUGGAAUUUAAGUGGUUACACAAUGACACUGAAAUCACUGCCUACUCCACUGAAUAUAAAUACAUUAUCCCAACCUUACAGAGGUCUCAUGCUGGGUUUUAUCAAUGUGUGGUGCGGAACAGGAUGGGAGCGCUCUUGCAAAGGAAAUCUGAAGUUCAAGUGGCAUAUAUGGGAAAUUUCAUGGACACAGACCAGAGAAAAACAGUGUCACAAGGACAAGCUGCAGUUCUAGCCUUCCUGCACAUCAUCAGCUAUCCCAGACCACAAGUGACUUGGUUUAGAGAUGGCCACAAGAUUAUUCCAAGCAGCAGAAUAGCUAUAACACUGGAGAAUCAGCUGGUGAUCCUUGCAACAGAAGCAACAGAUGCAGGUGGUUACUAUGUGCAAGCAGUCAAUGAAAAAAAUGGAGAGAACAAGACGAGUCCAUUUCUUUAUCUGAGGGUAGCGAAUGCCAACAAUGUGUCUGACACCAUGGCUCCUGUCAUUGUAGUCCCUCCACGCAACACCAGUGUGGUAGCAGGGAGCAGUGAAAUCACACUGGAAUGUGUGGCCAAUGCAAGACCUGUUGAGAAACUGAGCAUGAUCUGGAAGAGAAAUGGAAUAAAAAUAAGCAGUGGGGUUAACAGUUUUGAGAGACGUCUUACUAUCACCAAUCCAACCACUGCUGAUAUUGGGAUGUACUUCUGUGAGGCAGAGUUGAAAGACAGCACUGUUGAACCAGCAAGAGCAAAGGCCUUCCUCUCUAUAAUGGAGCCACCCUAUUUCACUGCUGAGCCUGAGAGUCGAAUUUUGGCUGAGGUGGAGAAAACAGUGGACCUCUUAUGUCAGGCAAUGGGCAUUCCCGUUCCCACUCUAACCUGGUAUAAGGAUUCUGUUCCUAUCAACGAGCUACAAAAUCCUCGUUACAAAGUGCUAACGAAUGGGGGGCUGCAGAUCCAGGGACUGCAUCCUGAUGACUCCGGAAUCUUUCAGUGUUUUGCCAGUAAUAAAGCUGGAGAAAUACAGACUCACACCUACCUGGAUGUAACCAAUAUUACACCAACAUUUACCCAACCUCCAAUGGACACUACUGUUACAGAAGGGAUGACUACAGUAUUAAGCUGUGAGGUUACUGGGGCUCCAAAACCUGCCAUCACAUGGAAAAGAGGGAACCAGAUCUUAGCCAGUGGCUCUGUCCAGAUUCCCAGGUUCAUUCUUCUUGAAUCUGGUGGGCUCCAGAUCACUCCCGUCUUCCUCCAGGAUGCUGGCAAUUAUACCUGCUAUGCAGUCAACUCUGAAGGAGCCCUGAAUGCUUUCUCUAUCCUGACUGUCUGGAAUCGCACUUUUAUUGUUCACCCUCCUGAAGAUAGCACUGUUAUUAAGGGAACCACAGCCACUCUACAAUGUGAAGCAACUCAUGACCCUAGAAUUUCAAUCAGGUAUGUUUGGAAGAAGGACAGCAAGGUAAUAAACCCAUCUAGCAGUUCCAGAGUUACAGUAGAGAAAGGUGGUACCCUCCUUAUUAGCCAGACCUGGUCAGGUGACAUCGGAGACUACACCUGUGAGGUUAUUUCUUUCGGAGGAAAUGAUUCGAGAAAGGCUCGACUAGAAGUGAUUGAGCUGCCUCACUCCCCUCAGAAUCUUCUGGCCAUCCUGAAUUCUUCAUAUAGCCGCAGUGUGAUGCUUUCCUGGGUGCGUCCCUUUGAUGGAAACAGCCCGGUUCUCUACUAUAUAGUAGAGUUGUCUGAGAACAACUCUCCCUGGAAAGUGCAUCUAUCAAAUGUUAACCCUAAGAUGACCAGUAUCACUGUGAGUGGAUUAACUCCAGCCCGUACCUACCAAUUUAGGAUAUGUGCUGUUAACCAGGUGGGCAAGGGCCAGUACAGCACUGAGACCAGCAGAUUGAUGUUACCUGAAGAACCGCCCAGCGCUCCUCCUAAAAACAUAGUAGCCAGUGGACGUACCAAUCAGUCUAUCAUGGUUCAGUGGCAGCCUCCUCCUGAAAGUGAACAUAAUGGGGUUCUCCAUGGGUACAUCCUAAGGUAUCGCCUGGCAGGCCUCCCUGGAGUGUAUCACUACAAGAACAUCACUAGCGCAGAGAUUAACUACUGUUUGGUGAAAGACCUGAUCAUCUGGACUCAGUAUGAAAUCCAGGUGGCAUCUUAUAAUGGAGCUGGGCUGGGAGCAUUCAGCAGAGCAGUGACAGAGUACACUUUACAGGGAGUGCCUACAGCUCCACCACAGAAUGUGCAAGCUGAAGCUGUGAACUCCACAACCAUCCAGUUCCUAUGGAAUCCUCCACCACAGCAAUUUGUCAAUGGUAUCAAUCAGGGAUACAAGCUCCUGGCAUGGCCAGUGGCUGCACCAGAGUCUGUGACCGUGGUCACCAUUGCUCCUGAUUUUCAUGGAGUUCACAGUGGCUGCAUUACCAACUUGAAGAAAUUCACUGCUUAUUACACAUCAGUUCUGUGUUUCACCACACCAGGGGAUGGACCACAAAGCCCGCCACAGCUGUUGUGCACUCAUGAAGAUAAGCCAGGAGCUGUGGGACACCUGAUUUUCACUGAGAUUCUGGACACGUCUCUCAAGGUCAGCUGGCAGGAACCUGUAGAGAAAAAUGGCAUAAUUACAGGCUACCAGAUCUCCUGGGAGGUGUACAGCAGGAAUGACUCUCGUCUGGCUUGCACUCUAGCCAACACAACCCUUGAAUACAAAAUCACUGGGCUGUCAUCUCUCACCACCUACACUAUUGAGGUGGCAGCUAUGACUGCAAAAGGCACUGGGUUGGUCACCUCCUCUACCAUUUCCUCUGGAGUGCCUCCAGAACUUCCUGGUGCCCCAUCUAAUCUGGUUAUUUCUAACAUCAGUCCUCGCUCUGCCACGCUUCAGUUCCGGCCUGGGUAUGACGGGAAAACCUCCAUCUCCAAGUGGAUAGUAGAGGGGCAGGUUGGUGUUCUAGGAGAGGAGGAGGAGUGGGUGACUCUAUAUGAGGUGGAGAAUGACCCUCAUGCCCAGAUGCUGGAGAUACCAAACCUCAUUCCAUACACUCAUUACAGAUUCCGGAUGAGACAGGUGAAUAUUGUCGGCCAAAGCCCACUCAGCCAACCAUCUCGUGUCAUGCAGACACUGCAGGCACCACCAGAUGUUGCACCAAGAAGUGUUACUGUACGCACUGCCAGUGAGACUAGCUUGUGGAUCCGAUGGAUGCCUCUCCCUGAUGCUCAAUAUAAUGGCAACCCAGAGUCGGUGGGCUACAGGAUAAAAUUGUGGCGUGUGGAUCUGCCGUCUCCAGUGCUUAUGAAGGUUAUUGGUGACCGGCUAGAGAGAGAAUAUACUAUUGAGGAUCUGGAGGAGUGGGUAGAAUAUGAACUGCAGAUUCAGGCCUUCAAUGCCAUUGGGGCAGGACCAUGGAGUGAGGUGGUGAGAAGUUGCACACGAGAGUCUGUUCCUUCUGCUUCCCCUGAGAAUGUGUCAGCUGAAGCUGUAAGCUCCACUCAGAUCCUACUGACAUGGACAUCAGUACCUGAACCAGAGCAGAAUGGACUUAUCCUGGGCUACAAGAUUCUGUUUAAAGCAAAAGAUUUGGACUCUGAACCAAAGACCCUAAUAGUGAGAGGUAAUCAUACCCAGUCUGUCCUGCUGGCCAGCUUGCGGAAAUAUGUGCUUUAUGAGAUUCAGGUGCUGGCGUUCACACGUAUUGGAGAUGGGGUCCCUAACUUCCCUCCAGUCAUAGAGAGAACCAAGGAUGAUGCCCCAGGACCUCCUGUAAGGCUGGUGUUCCCUGAAGUGAGACUGACAUCAGUACGAAUUGUAUGGCAACCACCAGAGGAACCCAAUGGAAUUAUUCUGGGAUAUCAAAUUGCGUACUGCCUGGCAACCAGCAACCCUAACAAGUUCACCACAGUGGAAGUUGGCUCAACAGUCAGACAAUUCACAGCUACCGAUCUCAGCCCUGAGUCUGCAUACAUCUUCCGGACAUCUGCCAAGACCAGACAGGGCUGGGGAGAGCCUCUGGAAGCCACAGUAAUCACUACAGAAAAGAGAGAGCGGCCAGCGCCUCCUAGAGAGCCAAGGGUACCCCAGUCUGAGGUGUCAUCACAGAGCCUGCAGCUACAAUGGGUUCCUGGUAGUGAUGGAUCUUCACCAAUACGGUAUUUCACCGUGCAAGUACAGGAGCUACCAAAUGGAGAAUGGCAAACCUAUUCCUCUUCCAUCAGUCAUGAGGCAACAUCCUGUGUUAUUGAGAGGCUGAACCCAUUUACCUCUUAUAAGAUGCGUCUGAAAGCAACCAAUGAUAUUGGAGAUAGUGACUUCAGUGCUGAGACAGAAGCAGUCACUACUCUGCAGGAUGUUCCAGGUGAACCUCCACGCUCUGUGUCAGUAACUCCCCACACUACCUCCUCUGUCCUCGUUCAGUGGCAGCCACCAAAGGUUGAGAGUCUGAAUGGCUUGCUGUUGGGGUAUCGGAUUUAUUACCGGGAGCUGGAGUAUGAAACUGGGCCUGGAACAGAGUCCAAGACUAUUAAAAUCCCUUCAGCUCUACGAGCUGAGCUUACACAGCUGAAGAAAUACAAGAGAUAUGAAGUUGUAAUAACAGCAUAUAACAUCAUUGGGGAGAGCCCUACCAGCACACCUGUGGAAGUGUUUGUUGGUGAAGCAGCACCAGCAAUGGCCCCACAGAACAUCCAAGUAAAUGCCCUUACUGCGAGCCAGCUAGAGAUCACCUGGGACCCACCUCCUGUCGACAGCCAAAAUGGGAACAUACAAGGCUACAAGAUUUAUUACUGGGAGAUGGACAUCCAGAAUGACACUGAGAAAGUGAAGGUCCUUUUCCUCCCAGAGACAACAGUUCGGCUGAAAAAUCUGACCAGCCACACCAAAUACAUGGUCUGCAUAUCUGCCUUCAAUGCAGCAGGGGAUGGACCAAGAAGCAGCCCCAGGCAGGGCAGGACUCACCAGGCUGCUCCCAGCACUCCUAGCUUCUUGGCAUUCUCAGAAAUCACUUGCACUACACUCAAUGUAUCUUGGGGAGAACCGACGGCAGCAAAUGGAAUCCUGCAGGGUUAUCGAGUGGUGUAUGAGCCCUUGGCACCAGUCCAGGGGGUGAGUAAGGUGGUGACUGUGGACAUAAAAGGAAAUUGGCAGCGCUGGUUAAAGGUCCGAGAUCUCACCAAGGGGGUGACCUACCUAUUCAGAGUGCAAGCCAGAACCAUCACCUAUGGACCUGAGCUACAAGCCAACAUCACAGCUGGGCCAGCAGAGGGGUCUCCUGGUUCCCCUCAGGAAAUUCUGGCUACAAAAUCUACUUCUGGGCUGACUCUGCAGUGGACUGAGGGAGAUUCAGGGGACAAACCCACAACUGGCUACAUCAUAGAGGCACGGCCAUCAGAUGAAGGACUGUGGGAUACGUUUGUGAAGGACAUCCCCCGCAGUGCUACCUCCUACACGGUCGGUCUGGACAAGCUAAAACAGGGGGUGAGCUAUGAAUUCCGAGUGGUUGCAGUAAAUGAAUUUGGCUAUGGAGAACCAAGCAUCCCAUCUGCAGCAAUAUCAGCCCAAGUGGAAACCCCUUUCUACGAAGAAUGGUGGUUCCUGCUAGUGAUGGCUCUGUCUAGUCUCAUCUUCAUCCUGUUAGUGGUGUUUGCGUUGGUCCUGCAUGGCCAGAGCAAGAAAUACAAGAACUGCAGCACAGGUAAAAACAUCUCGAAUGUGGAAGAGUCAGUCACACUGGAUAAUGGAGGCUUCACAGCCCUGGAGCUCAACAGCCGACACCUCAAUGUAAAGAGCACUUUUUCCAAGAAGAAUGGGACGAGGUCCCCUCCUCGCCCAAGCCCUGGUGGGCUGCACUACUCAGAUGAGGAUAUCUGCAACAAGUACAAUGGAGCAGUGCUGUCUGAGAGUGUGGCCCUGAAUGAGAAGCCCUUGGAAGUGUCAGAAUCAGAGGCCACUGACUCGGAUUAUGAAGAUGAGGUGCCAAAGCACUCUUUUGUGAACCAUUAUAUGAGUGACCCCACAUACUACAAUUCUUGGAAGCGUCAGCAGAAGGGUGUGAAGCACCCAACGCCCUACAGGUACGAAGAGUGCGCGGCGAGUGAGACAGAACCCUAUUUCCAGACUGUCAUCACAACGCAGAGCACAGGUGGGGUGUACACCCCAACAGGACAGCCUGCUCCCGGCUCACGGACUCCAGUGACAGGGUUCUCCUCCUUUGUCUGACACUGGGAGUGAUGUGACAGCACAGUGGAAACUCCUGUGGAGAUGAGAAUGACCUAUCACAGUGACUGUGUGCGUGAUCGGUGCAGUGAACUGUGGGUAAAUUUCUCUAUCAGGGUAGAACAGAGGUGAACAUGAAUGAGUCUAUUUUUCUGAAGACAAUCAACUCUUAAAACCUGGAGCUGAACUUGCUAAACUUUUGUUUAAAAAAAAUAUUCUGAAAAGGUACAAUUUUAACCACUUGUGAAUAGCAGGGGGGGUUUUUAACCACUUUUGUAGCACUGCUUCAGGAAGCAGUUCCCCUAUUCUUCUUCUUUCCUCUUUCCAACCAAGGAGGUGAAUUCCCUUGAUGCAGUAUGUGACUUUGUGAUGUAAUUUGAGGAGAAAACACAGGAAACCUCCCAAACUCUCCUCCCACCCCCCAUCAGGAUCAAGUAGGAAUAUUUAAAGAGGGGGGAAUGUUUUUCAUGAAAAACUGCAACAUUCUUUCCCCUGCUCCUUGUCACCAUUCUGCUUUCACCUUAGAAACACCAGCUGAUUAGUUUACAGUGAUAUCACUUCUCUUGCUUAUAGGUUCACUAUGGGUGUUUCUGAUAACGAAUAUCUUACCUGCUUUUCUAUCCUACUCAAACAGGGUUUUUGAAUUACUAAAAUAUUCCCACUUCCGGGCUCCUCUAAGAGGAGACAGCUUGAAAGCACUGUAGGUGGUACUGGGUGAAGCAGUAGGGUGUUGUUCUAAUGUGGGGUCCCUUUGUUCUUGGUGUGGCUCUAACCCUCCUUUGGUAGACUGCAUGUGCCAUUUCAAUUGCAAAUUUGAAAGGGAAAAAUAGCAAGCAGAGGGAAAUUUGAAUGAACAUGACAGUUACAAACUGGGGGACCUGCUAAUUGAUAGAUUGGUUUUCAGUAAUCAAAGUUGUCCUUCCUUGUCGAUAGAAGCCAAGCGCCUUCCUCCCUGACAUGUCGCUCUUACUUGAUUCUGCAGCUUUGCCCACUGCUCUGUAAAAAGUACAUAUUGUUAAUUGUGUCAUUUUGAUUUUUAUUUGAUACAAAGACACAUCACACAAAGGGGCUGAGUUUUGUUGUCCACAGGUGCCUUUUAUUGAUUGUUGCAGCUUUGUACAUGAGAGAAGCAACAAAAUGUCUCCAAAUAAAGUUCAACGGGUUUUCAAAUGUUAGGGUUGCGAAUUACCUCAUGCACAUUUACAGGCUCCGUCUGUGCACCAAACCUCCAACCUUUAGAAGUGAGAGAGCUUUUUUUGUUUUGUUUUACAUCUGUUUUGUACUGCCCUGUUUUGUACUGCCCUGACCCGCAGAGCUGCAGGCUUUUACCCAUGUCUGUUUUGUUUAUCAGCAAGUGGUUGUUUUCAAGGGGAAACUGUCAGUGAUUUAAAGAAUCCCAGUCCAGUUUUUGGAUUUAGCAACAGUCCUGUAACACCAUUUCUACAUGAGGUAUUUGAAAUUACUGUGGACUAAUCAUGUCCUUGGCAUUGCUGCCAUCUGGCAUUUCCUUCCAGAUGUGUUUGGGGAACAGCCAUGAAAAACUGGCACUGUUGCAACUUAUUAAGGCUCCUUUAGGGCGGGUGUGGAACAGCCUUGGCAUUACUAUCAUUGCUAUUUGUCCACAUCUCUCAGCAGAGGCGUGAAACAGCUUUGGCAUUGUCUCGGCUGCUCCCUGCCAAUGGCCUUUAGGGCAGGUUUGAAACAGUCAUUGCAUUAUUACUGCUGUUACCUGCCAAUGCCUCUUCAGGGCAGAUGAGGAAUUAGUUGGGCAUUGGCACUUCUUUUGGACAGGUGUGGUACAACCACAACCUCAGCACAGCUGUUACCUUUUAGUGCCUGCUCAGGGCAGGCGACCUUAGUACUGCUUUAUCCUUCACUACAGUACUGCAGCUCUAGGUGCAUACUCUGUGUAGCCUCGACAUUGGAUUUAUGUUUCUUUCCAAACACUCCGGAAAAGAAAGUGAUUCCAAACCAAAAACUUGAGAGAGUGCGUUUAACAGCUUUUGAAGUUGAGAUAACUAUCCACAGUUCUUGGGCUGGAAAGUGUCUUGGAGAGACGUGCUUGAGGGAAGAAGGGAGCAUCCCUCUCUUCCACUAUUGCUUGUGCCUGGGGCUCCACAAGGGACAACUGGAACUUACUGUGAAGGUGAAUGUAGAAAUGGAGAACAUGGAAAGAAACAACUGCCUUUCUGUGCACUUUGACUAUUCUCUUAAGCCAUAUGGAUAUUGUUUUAAUUAAUUAACUGAAAAGAAUUUGUUUGAAAUCUAUUAUUUGAAUUUUUGUUUUGUUUCUUGGGGAAAAUUACAUGAGCGAGGGUUUUGCUUUGAUUUUUUUAAUAGCCUCAUUAUUUCCUGUGAUUUGAUUUUUUUCACCUUUAUUAUUUCCUGUGUCUGAGUACAUAUUUUUAGAUUUGUUUUGGUUUGGUUUGGGAUUUUUUUGUACAGAAUUGUUUCUACAAUGUAGCUGCCCUGGCAAUGUGAUUGCUGUUGGAAUUUUAGUAACUCCACUGAUCCAAUAGCUUUGAGGGAUGAUGUUACCGGAAGCAUGUUUCAGGGCCCUUUCUGGUAAGAUAUGUGGAUUAGAAGGGCUUAGAUCCAAACCUGGAAAGACUUAGGUCCAAAGUCAGUCUUAGUUUAAGCAAUUGAUGACAACCAUUAACCAUUAACCAUUGAUGACAACACCAGGUCUGAAUGUGGCAUAGGAGAGAGCACUUCCUGGAAUAGUGCUACCACCACAUUGCUUUGUAUCCCAACUUCCAUUCUCAUUGAGCAAACAGCUAGUGAACAGUGCAUGAUAAAAGGAAAUGAACAUUAAUGGCCACCAUUCCCCUGUGGCUUGAAGAGGGGAACGGUGAGAACUUGAUAGGGUGAGGUGAAGGGAAUAUACCUCCUUCCUUAAGCCCUUCUGCUAGUUAACUGUCAGGAAUUUUGUUGAGUUUGCUGAGGGCCUGCUGAAUUGGCUAUAUGAGAACUCUGUCUCCCAAAUAAAAAUGUCAAGUGUGAUUCUUUUAGGACCUGUUGACACUAACAGAGUAAGUUCUACUCAGUUCUACUCUAACAGUCAUUUCCACAUCUGUACAUUUAUUUAAUGUACCCUAUCCAUAAAGAAUGGAAGUGCAUGGCAUUAGUUACUCUUAGCAAAUGGGAAUAUAAUGUGCAUUACCCCUCCCAUUACCAUGUAUCAUAGUUAAACACAUGAUGAAGCUGAACCUCCCAUCAUCUGCUGUUAGCAUUCUGUAGUUGAAAAGGUAUGAUUAAUAGUUGUGUUUUAUUUACUGGGAUUUAAGCAAAAUUGCCAUGUCUGGCAAGACGCACCCUUAGUUAGCAAGAAAGUCCUGUUUCAAAGCUGUGAUCUUUGGGGAUCAGAUCCUUUAAAAGUUAUGUUUCAAGUCUGAGGAAAGCUCAAGACACAAUUCCACAUUUUAGCCGAUAAGAAUUGAAUAUGCAAAUAAACUAAAGCACACUAUAGGCUGAGAUAGCUGUAUGUCAAAAUCCUUCUAUGCAUCACAUCCACCUUCCAUCAUAUCACUGUUCAGAAUAAUCUUUUAAUUCAAAGCUUACAUUUAAAAAAUCUGUUUCGCUCUUUUUCUUCCUCCCUCCCUCAUGAAUCUAUUAAAAAACAGAAACAGCAUAAUUAACGAGUCCAUGCAGGAGCACAGAGGGACAUCUCUGAUCUAAUGGAAACAUAUUUUUCUUGUGGUAGCCUUCAAAUAUAUCAAACCUCACACAGGAAAACAGUGCAUAAUAUUACACACCCAUCUCUGGGCUCAGCUGACACUGCAAACCACUCAAUGAUGUCAUCUUUGAUGUGAGCAUAUAACCUGAAUCUCAAGUUACCCGUAUAACAAAUCUAACUAUGUUGGAAAAACUCACACAGAUUAAAAACCCCUCUACAAAUCUUUUGUAUCAUUUCUGCAUAAUUCUAAGUAUGUAUUUUUCUUAACCUCUGAUUCUGUUUCAUAAACAACAUUGUCCCCCACCAAGCCUCAAUCAUUCACUCACUCUUUUGAAAUGCUCUACAAGAUCUCUGUUUAAUGCAUCAACUGAGAAACAAGGUGGGUGAGGUAAUACCUUUUAUUGUACCAAUGUCUGUGGGUCAUAGAUACAAGCUUUCAAGCCACACAGACCUCUUCUUCAGGUCUGGGAAAGGUACCCCCAGCAUCACAGCAUGAUUUUUAGUGUCUAGUAGAGUGUGUCCUGGUCUGUGGGGAGCUUGUUUCUAGUCUUCAAACUCCUCUGGCCUUUAAACAACACCCCAACCUUUCCAAGCUCAACAUGAAAAGGAAGCUCCCCACAGAUCAGGGAACACCAACUCAAAGCAGCAACAAACCCUGCCAGAACAAUAGAUGCAACAUCUGCAGACAUAUAUCUGCUGCUACAAUGACCAACAAACACCCCCCCAUACACCUUUCAAGACCCAUGGAUCCUCUAUAUGUCUAUCCCAACUUGUGGUGUACUGCACCUCAUCCAGUGCAUAAAUGCCCUACUAAUAGCUAUGUGGAUGAAAACAGAUAAUCACUGUGCUCUCACAUGAACUCACACAGGAAAAUGAUAAAAGAUAAAAACACCCUAUCAUCUGUGGAUAAACACUUUUCACAAAGUGAUCACUCUGUAUCUGACCUCUCAGUCCACAUCCUCAAAGGAAACCUACACAACACUUUUAAAAGAAAGCCUGGGAACUUAAAUUCAUUACUCCGCUAAACACUAAAAAUGCACUGAACAGAGACACUGGAUUUGUGGCUAAUUACAACAACCUGUAACCCACUAACCCCCUCUUUUUAAUCUUAUGACUGCAGAGGUCUUAAUGGGCCACUCUACCUUGAAUGGUCCCUUACAAAUGUGCUAACUACUUAUGCUACACAAUCUGUUCCACCUUGAAUUUUGCAGUGAUGUUUGGAGUACCUUUUCCAGACCUGAAGAAUAGCUCUAUGUGGCUUGAAAGCUUGUCUCUCUCACCAAUAGAAAUUGGUUCAAUAAAAGAUAUUACCUUACCCACCUUGUCUGUCUAAUAUCGGGGACCAACACAGCUACAGCUACUGCGUACAAUAAUGAAUGUAUCAACCCAAAUUCCUGACAAUUGGUGAAAUCAUGUGCUAUGCUGCAGUACUACUGAAGAGACAGGAGAGGGCACUGUUUCACUUUAAUCAAUGACAGCCUCUUGCUUUUUUCUUCAUGGUCUGCAGUUGCCCAGGGACGUGAAUGGAAAGGGGUGAAAAGUUCCAACAACAUUUACUAAAGGAAUCGUGUUGCUUUUGGAAGUAAUUGCUGCCACUGCAGAGAAGGAAUAUUUGAAAAAGGGGACUGGAUAUUUACCCGUGGGAAAUGUUUUGCCUUUAUCUGAAUGCUAAAAUAUAGGCCUGUGACAUUUUCCAGAUUGGCUGAGAUCUCAUUUGAGUCCAUACUCCCAGGUCAACAUCAGAGUGCUGCAGGACUUGGUAGGAGCAAGCAUCUGUCUUUGGCUCCUACAUGUGAAGAUGCACUGACUAUCCUUAUUAUUGCUGCCCUCAAGAAAUCCAUGGCUUACACAAAAGGCUCCAAGCUGCUCCUCAGAAAGGAAGUAGAGGUAGCUUUUUGUUCAUACAUAGCACUGCUGUCUUCCUCGUUUACUCUUCACAAUCCUCAUAAUCAAAACACAUUAGUCUGUGAUCUGUUCACUCUUUGCAGAAAAUGAAAUUAUCAGGAUAUGAAAAUAAAUUGCUUUCACAGGCCUACUAGAAAUCAGCUGAGUCUUGAAAAUGAGGGCUGUACAAGAGACAGAGAGCGUGGACGUGAUUUCUGACACUGCUUUCUGUCUGAGAGCUCCUCCAUAAAUAGCCAGCAGCAGGGUGUGUGCAUUAAUGGAGUACUUGUGGCACCUUAGAGACUAACAUAUUUAUUAGAGCAUAAGCUUUUGUGAGCUACAGCUCACUUCAUCGGAUGCAUUAAUGGAUGAGCUGUGGAGGAGAAAGGCCAUUACAGAACUAGGUGCUAGUAUGCGCCUUGUGUUGUAUAUAGACUGGGAGUCAAACCUCAGUGUUUGCCAGUUUCCAGUUAAGUGAGACAUAGUAAUAUAUAACUAAAGCUCAUUUGGGGAGCAGAGGUGGUGUUGUUUUGUGUACACAAAAGCCACUGAUUAAAUUGGUUGUAUGAUAAUACCAUCCACUGAAACGUUCUCACUGCAGGAAGUCAUCCGCCAAGUUUGGAGCUGAGUUAUUGCAGGACAUGAAAAUGAUAGGGAGAUGCACGGUGAGUCUGAGAUCUGCCAUAACUCGCUCAGAAAGGUUCUUCAUCUUUGUAGAUAACCCUCCACCCCCAAUAGCCAAACAAACUUGGUUUGCUUUCCAGCUACUGGAAGUGGAGUGCCUGCACUCAUAAGCACACUCACCAUGCAUGGGACAGAUGGAGGAGGAGUGGAUUGGAUCAGACAGAAUCAGUCAAUGACCUUCCAUAUACCUGGAUAAGGGCUGUACUUCCACUGUGAUGUUUCAGGAUCUGACCCAGAAUUAUUAUCCCCUCAGAGCUGCCACAGGCACCUUUUUAGUAGUGUCUUGUUCCUCGAGGUCAGUCGUGACUUGUUAGGAGACUCAUGAUUUUCAACCCAGUUAGAUUUGAUCAUUGAUCUUGGCGCUUACAUCUUUGGAUUUGGAGCCUGAAGCAGGAUUGCAGCAUUUUAUAGCAAAGGUAUCUCCAUGCAUGUCUGUUUCUGUGCUGCACACUAAGCCCAGGCUCUGACUCAGGUUUGAGCCCCAGCCCCUCUCUUCCAUCCACACACAAAUCAGUCUGACUCAGGUCAUCAAGAAGUCAGGACCCAGGUCCUUGGACCCUGCUUCUGGGGGUGGGUCAGAGCCCAAGUCCCACUGUAACUCGGGUCCAAACCCUUUCAUUUUACAGUGUGUAUGCAGGUCAAGCCGCAGUCCCAAGUCAGAUGGUCUGAGUAGUGUAAUAUGGACAUGUUAGCAUGGCUGUGAGACCUGGGUCCAGCAAUUGUAAAACCAGGUUUACAGUGCAGUGUGGAUGGGCUUGCAAAUACUUGGUAUAUCUACACAGCCAUUAAACACCCCCAUGGCUGGCCUGUGUCAGCUGACUCGGGAUCCUGGGGCUCAGGCUUCCCUGACCCGACAGGGUCCC